AUAGUUAUAAUAAUACGACGGAAAGCUGAGGGAGUGAGAAUGUAGACAUCCACAAAGAUGAGAUUAGUGACCUGUCUUUACAUUGCCCUAGCAUGUAUCUGCCUGGUUGAAGUUGCUCAGACUGAUCUAGUGGAUGGUGAGACAGUUCCAGAUAUACCAAAUACUGAGGACAGUGUUCUGCCAGAUAAACCAGCUGUUCCUUCAGAUAGUCCAGCUAAGGGAGUAGUAGUUCUGCCAGAUGAACCAGCUGAGGGAGUAGAGCUAGAGGAUGAGGUACAGGAUGAUGUAGUAAAAGAGGGAGUGGGGGAGGACGCCGGUUCUGAUCCAACUAAAGUAGACGAUAUAAAUAGUGGCUCAGAUGAUGUCGCUAUAAAAAGUGAAGUAGAAGCUGAAGAGAGUGAAACAGAUGAAAAAGAACCUGAAAGUGAAACUAAUGAGCAACAGAAAGAUGAAAAUGAUCAAAAAGGAGAAGAGGGGAUAACAGAUAAGAAAGAUGACCUGAAUGACAAUCCACAAGUUGUGGACCCAGAUACGAUCUCCGAGGAGACUGAUGCCCGGUUCCACACUGUCAAGUUAAUGCUUUAUAUUAUAGCUCCAGUGAGUGCGUUAGUUGUUAUCUACUUCAUUAUGAAGGGUCUGAAAGGAAACAGUCACAUGUUUCUCAAUCGAUAUCACAUCGUGGGCGCUCGUGGAGACAAUAUCGAGCUGAGACCUCUUGGUUACGAGAGCGACGACGAGGAAGACAUCGUGUUCGACUCAGCCAGACAGACUUGAUCAGUUAAUGUUGUUUAAUACAUAUGUAUACCAAGUUACAUAACAGUUAAUGUUGUUUAAGGUGAACCCGGAUACUUCUGAAAAAUACAACCUUCUCCUCAGCCUCAUCUAAGGAGCCCUACUAAAAUUAAGAUAUUGUAACAAAUGACUGCUGAAUAGCCGGGAAUGUUUUUAUAAUGAUUCGUAUAACGCAUGUACAUUCAUAAUAUAUAAUCAUCCAUCAUUCAAGUUUAUAUUGAACUCAUCGUUUUUAAAAUAUUGUUUGUGGAUUGUAUUUGUUCGUAUAGGGUGACUGGAAGUGUUUUGAUAAUAAUUAGAUACUUUUAAAUAACUAAACCGUCAAACAUCUAUCAGAAACUCACCUAUAAAUGUUACAUUCGUUAACCCUGACAUGUAUACAUUGCAUAAGUGUAUAAAGUAAAAGGAGGAAGUAAAAUGCUCCAUAAUCGUUACCCACGGCAUUCUUUGCUGUUUCCUUUUCGUCAUUCUUAUCUUCUAUUAAAUGAACAUUUAUGAAAUACAACACUCAUUUGAAAUUUAAGAAGACUUGACGUAAUCAUGUGCUCGUUUUGUUAGCUUCUUAUUAUCACAAUUCACAACUACCAUUGUAAUAAAUACACUAGUACUUACACUGCGUUCUUGAUGUUUCCGAGGGUUUUAGCAAGUAUUUUCUCAGUGUGACAUAAACUUAUGCCUCUUAAGUUUAAGUACUAUCUUGGAAAAGGUCCCUUCGAUGAUUCUGCGAUUUAACCCGUGUCCCGUGUUUAAGAACUAAAAUAUGUUUUCGUUGAUUUUGUACUGUAACUUCUCAGAUUGUUGAUAGUUUUUGAUUUAUAUAUGUAGUUAGCAUUCAGUUCAACAUCGACCAAUUGAGAUCAGAACCAGCAAAAUGUCAAAUUUCCAUACCUGGCGGGGAGUAUAAGGGAGGUGGGGGAGGGGAGGAGGGGGGGCUUAAAGUAUAUUUGAGCAUUUUAUCUAACCUCGAACCAAAUUUUGAUCGAAAACCUUUGAGCUGUUCAAACAUGCGACGAGUUCGAUGUUUCACUGUUUUGAAGUUAAAUAAUAAGUUUUAUUUUCCAAAUCUUUAAUGAACUAAAUCGUGUUGUUGUACCGCUCUGAUUAACAAUAGAGUGUAUUUUAAGAUUGCGUUUGUUAGAUUGUUAUAAUUUUAUACAAUACAAUGUUU